AUGGCCAAAGAUUUGAUGCUUACUGUUCUCAUAACUGGUAAAACUGGGAAAGAGUUAUGGAAUCAUCUUAAAAGUCUUUUUCGAGACAACAAAGGAAACGGUGCCGCCAACCUGGAAAGUAAGUUCGUAAAUCUAAGAUUUGUUGAUUGUAACAAUGUUGAUGAUUAUUGUGAUAAGCUACAGGCACUUUCCAAUCGACCAAGUGACCUUGAUUUUCCAAUGGAUGAAAAACGUUUGGUUAUACAACUUGUUAAUGGACUUCCGAAGGAAUACAAUACUGUUGCCUCCUUCAUUCAACAAUCGAUGCCAUCGUUUGACACUGCUCGCUCUCAAUUGCGCACUGAGGAGAUUCGACGUGAACAUCAAUCAAACUCCAGCUCCCAUACUGCCCUUGCAGCUGCCAACAACCCUCGCCUUCCACCUGCUGUUUCUUCUUCCGCCUCCAACAGAUUUCGAUCCGCGUCUGUCCAUCAUCGUUCUGAGCACAGUCCUCUGCUGGGCCACCAAGCUGCUCUCCUGCCCACCCCACCAGGCCCACGACAUCACUACCCCAACGCACCCAACUGGGCUCCCCAAUGGACGUCUUCACCAAGCCCAUACUCUGCUGUACCUUACUGGAGUCAUCGGCAUUCUAUCUCUGGUCGUGGCCGUGGUCGUCAUUUCCGUGGGCGUGGUCGUGGUCGCGGUCGCAGCACCUCGACAGCCCGUUCCCCACAAGCCUACGUCACUCCUACCACGGAAUACCUUCAACCAUCGGAUAUUGCCGAAGCAUACAGCUCUAUGAGCAUUCGAGCGCCGGAUGAUGACUUCUAUAUGGACAAUGGCGCAACCUCCCACAUCACCUCGGAUCCAGGUAACUUACAUAAUGUUUUUCCUUCGAGCAAUGUGCGGUCUAUCUUAGUGGGUAAUGGCAGCAGCAUUCCGGUAAUAAGAAUCAUUCCCCCAAUCUUUGUCAUUCUUGUCAAAUUAGCAAACAUGUUCGUCUUCCCUUUUAUGACUCUCAUUAUGCCACUAUUGCUCCUUUUGAUAUUAUUCAUAGUGAUUUAUAGACAUCUCCGUUGA